CCACUCGGCCUUUUGGGAACUCAGAAGCAGAGAUACUGGCAAAUGCCACAGGAAAUAGCUUUAAGACAGGUGGCCUUAGAGUGAGGCUGACCUCAUUCCAGCCAGCGGUACCCUCUGGGAGGUGCAGACCUUGGGUGUCGCAGUCCACACCAGCCCCAUGAUGAGCCUUGUGUGCACUUUGCCUGCUCCACAGGUGACCUCAGUGGCAGGGAGCAUUUGCCUGCUUGGUGCCAGGGUAAAGUGAUGCUCCCACGAGGGAGCCACCUGUCUCUUUGGUUUAGGUGGACUGACUCCAUCCUCAGAACCCCAGCCGAUGUCUCAGGAUCCCUGUCUUCAGGAGAGAGGCAUUCCAGGAGGCAGAAUGUGACUGGCUCUGAAUGAAGCCCAAGGGAAACCAAGCGCAGGAAUCGGAGGGUGCAAAUACCCGCUUGGAAGCGGAGGAGGCAGCCCAGGCAACCCUUGGCUCCCUUCUCCACCCCAACCCUACUUUGGGCGUAGGUUCUUGCACACGGCUGUCUGUGGGGCUCUCUUCAGUGAGUCAGGGCUGUGGGAAACAGCCAUGCCUUUUGAGCCUGCUUUUAAUUCUCUGAGCGGAAAUGCAGAGACAUCAAGUUUUCACCUGAGCAAAUAGUUUAUUUGUUCUAUCCAGAGCUGGCUAAGGAGAGAGCUUUGCUGACAGCAGGGUCUUGGAGAUAAGGAUGGAGUGUCGUAGGCAGUGAGUGCUGAAGUGGAGCUGGCUGCAGGAACACUCAGGGAGGCAUAGGGAGGAGGAAGGGAGAGCUGCACAUUCCCUUCUCCAGGGCACAGGCGGAAACUCUCAGGGCCUUGGAAGAGGAUUUCACAUCACCAGCCCUAGGAGAGCCCUGGCCCUCUCAUCCUCCCAGUUGCCAUGGUAGUGCAGGGACCAUAGUAGUGAGGCUGCUUCCCAGUCUUGCUGGGAAGGGAGGGUGAGACUUUCAGGGCCAUAUUUCCAUCUAGAUCAGGGACAGUCGAUGCCUGGCACAUUGCUCACGUCCCAUGCCUGUGGCAGACAUUACCAAUCAAUCAUUGCAUGCUUUCAGAGAUAGAUGGUUAAAGUCUCAUUUUCCCACAGUUUAUUUCUCUCAGGCUGGCAGCCUGACCACUUUUAGACCCCCAGGUCUGAGAACCCAUGUUAUGAUUGCUUUGGCUACUGAUUGGGAUUGGGUGGGCCUCAGGAGCAGGUCGGGAUGAGUCAGUCCCAUGGUAAAUGUGCCAGUAAGAGCUGCAGGUGAUAUGAUUGUGGGUUCCCAGGUCAGGAGAGCACAAGAGUCAUUUUUGUCCUGACCGGAACUCACCCUGGUUUGAGAGGAGUCAGUACCUCCAACAUCCUCUUCUCCUUGCAGUUGGCUUUGUGGUACUUGGCCUUAAGUGAGCCAGUACUUAAUGGGCACCAGCUGUGUGCCGCCCCUCAGGGGCCUACUGACUCAGAGAAGCAGCACUGUUUCUUGACCUUUCUGGGUCAUGCGUCCUUUUGAUAAUUGGAUGAAAGUCCCUAGAAAGCCUUUAACAUUCUGUUAACCAGUCCAGAGAGUUCACAAACCCAUCCAUGGGCUCUCUUGAGAACUGCCCCGGGCACAGACAGGCAGUGACAAGGACGUGUGUGUGUCUUUGUCUAUCUGCCUGUCAGUCUGUGAGGGGUGGCCGGGUUGGACACGUGGCUGUCAGGGGAUAGAAAGAUUGUUUCUUCCCGCACUACCUGAGCCUGUAAUGCCAUAAGCAAUAAGCACUCAGUGUCCCUGUUCUUACGAGGAAGCCCAGGAUUUGGAGGGGGAGAACCCAGGGCACCCUCCAGGAAGGCAAGCAGAGGGGUGCCUCAUGGCCCUUCUCUCGGUAGAGAGGCUGCCCGAGGCCUCCCUGAGUGAGGCUCACGCAGACUGACUUUGGUACCCGGUGGAGCUGGACCCGUGAGGGAGUAUGAAAGCUUCAUCUUGUCUUUGUUCUACCUGCCAAGAUCUGGCAAUGGUGGUUCCCAGAGGAAUAUUCUCCAGGUGCCUCCAGCUGGAAAGGUACUGGAUGAACUAUGUGGCUAACCUCGCAUUCCCCACUAAAGGUCAAACAGCUUCCACCCACUUAACAAGAAGUGACUGGAAUUAAACCCUCACCAAGUGGUGACCUAUAGGUGUGUCCACAAAGAGUGUGAGAGAUUGGGGCGUGUAGAGCCUUCUACCCUAACUUUGCUCUGGUGUCUGGCUCUCAAGCUGGCCUCUCACUGGAGCCGGGAUCUGUGCAGGGUUGGCAGCCUGAGCCGUCUGCUGAGGCGAGGCAGUAACCUUCGCUAGAGAAGCCGCCACGCCACGGACAGUCAUACUGUCCCCUGGGUCUAGCCUGGGUCUAGCUUGGCCUUUCCCUGUUUUGAUAGAUGUAGGUUCAGGGAAACAUUGCUCUACUGUGCUAUAAAUAACCGCACCACAUCCAGCCUUGACCUAGAAGGCCAUGGGUGCUAGCCGUCCAGGGCAGGGCAUCCUCACCUGCCCCACACGGCCUCUUUCCCACAGAUCUCCCGCAUGGGUCUCCACAGAUGGUACGAAGGGACAUCGGGCUUUCCGUGACCCACAGGUUCUCCACCAAAUCCUGGCUGUCCCAGGUCUGCCACGUGUGCCAGAAGAGCAUGAUGUUUGGAGUGAAGUGCAAGCACUGCAGGUUGAAGUGUCACAACAAGUGUACAAAAGAAGCCCCCGCCUGCCGAAUAUCCUUCCUGCCGUUACCUAGACUCCGGAGGACAGAAUCUGUCCCUUCAGAUAUCAACAACCCAGUGGACAGAGCAGCUGAACCCCAUUUUGGAACCCUCCCCAAAGCACUGACAAAGAAGGAGCACCCUCCGGCCAUGAGCCAUCUGGACUCCAGCAGCACCCCGUCCUCCACCACGUCCUCCACGCCCUCGUCACCAGCGCCCUUCCCGACGUCCUCCAACCCAUCCAGUGCCACCACGCCCCCCAACCCCUCGCCUGGUCAGCGGGACAGCAGAUUCAACUUCCCAGCUGCCUACUUCAUUCAUCAUAGACAGCAGUUUAUCUUCCCAGACAUUUCGGCCUUCCCACCGGUAGCUCCACCCCCUGAUGCAGCAGACAGUCCCCGGCUCAACGACCAGCCAAAAGCAGACGUGUUGGAGGAUCACGAAGCAGAAGCUGAGGAGCCGGAGGCUGGCAAGUCCGAGGCAGAAGAUGACGAGGACGAGGUGGACGACCUGCCGAGCUCCCGUCGGACCUGGCGAGGCCCGAUCUCACGCAAGGCCAGCCAGACCAGCGUGUACUUGCAGGAGUGGGACAUCCCCUUUGAGCAGGUGGAGCUGGGUGAGCCCAUUGGGCAGGGCCGCUGGGGCCGGGUGCACCGUGGCCGCUGGCACGGCGAGGUGGCCAUCCGCCUGCUGGAGAUGGACGGCAACAACCAGGACCACCUGAAACUGUUUAAGAAGGAGGUGAUGAACUAUCGGCAGACGCGGCACGAGAAUGUGGUGCUCUUCAUGGGGGCCUGCAUGAACCCUCCCCACCUGGCCAUCAUCACCAGCUUCUGCAAGGGGCGGACGUUGCACUCAUUUGUGAGGGACCCCAAGACGUCCUUGGACAUCAACAAGACGAGGCAGAUUGCCCAGGAGAUCAUCAAGGGCAUGGGCUAUCUCCAUGCCAAGGGCAUUGUACACAAAGAUCUCAAAUCCAAGAACGUCUUCUACGAUAAUGGCAAGGUGGUCAUCACGGACUUCGGGCUGUUUGGGAUCUCAGGCAUGGUCCGAGAAGGACGGCGUGAGAACCAACUGAAGCUGUCACACGACUGGCUGUGCUACCUGGCCCCCGAGAUCGUGCGCGAGAUGACCCCCGGGAAGGAUGAGGACAAGCUGCCAUUCUCCAAAGCUGCUGACGUCUAUGCAUUUGGGACUAUCUGGUAUGAGCUACAAGCAAGAGACUGGCCCUUUAAGAACCAAGCAGCGGAGGCCCUAAUCUGGCAGAUUGGAAGUGGGGAAGGGAUGAAGCGUAUCCUGGCCUCCGUCAGCCUGGGGAAGGAAGUCAGCGAGAUCCUAUCUGCCUGCUGGGCAUUCGACCUGCAGGAGAGGCCCAGCUUCCCUCUGCUGAUGGACAUGCUGGAGAAACUGCCCAAACUGAACCGACGCCUCUCCCACCCCGGGCACUUCUGGAAGUCAGCCGACAUUAACAGCAGCAAAGUGGUACCCCGGUUUGAAAGGUUUGGCUUGGGUGUCUUGGAGUCCAGUAAUCCAAAGAUGUAGCCAGGUGUUCAGUUUUUCUACUGCGAUUUCUUUAACUGUGUUUCUCAAACACCCAAACAACAAACAACCACAACAAAAAACAUUCUUCAAAACAUCGGCCACCCUCCUAAACCUGCCCAGCACUGCAAACCAGGAGCACGAGUCUUCAAUUCUGACUGUUCGUCCACAAAAACAUUUGGGUCCUGUGGAGAUGGAGUUGCACCUGCUUUUUCUUAAAAUGACGCCACCAACAACCAGACCUGUCCCGACAGACAGGAAAUGUUUACAUAUAUGUUUCUGCUGCGUGAACUCGAUGUUUUACAAUAGGUAAUAAUAAAGACUAUCAGUAUCUGUGCAUAGGGUGUGUGCGCCAUCUGCCAGGAUGGCGGAAGUGGCCAUACCUUCUGGAGGACCCUGUCUGCAGGGAGGGGCCCACACUGGGCCAGAGCAAGAAAAACAUCAUGAUUGUGGCUCUUCCCAGGGUAGGGCGGGGGGCCACAAGGUUCAGCCUGGCUUCUGCUUUGGCCCCAAACCCUGCCAGUGGGAAGUUCCUUCUUUAGGCUUCUCCUCUGACCCUAUCAAAGGGGUGCUGUCUCUUCCUCAUCUUACAGAGGAAA